AUGACCACUCCAACUGUGACGGAACUCUACGCCUACUAUGAUACCCUGAAUAAUGAAGCAUCUAGCGCGGAUGAGAGAGAAGCUGCAUACCGAGCCUUUCUAUCGGGCACAAAAGGUGGUGACAUUGAGAAGCGUUUAGCUUCCCAGUUCAUUGCCAGGUUUUCUAAACAGUUCGAGAAUCUGAGAGAGGAAAGUUUCAAUUGUAUUCUGGACCUUUGCGAUGAUGAAGAUGUCGCCAUCCGCAAACAGGCAGUGCAUGACCUCAUGCAAUUCUGCAAACGUAUCCCAUCUUUCAUUCCCCGUGUUGCUGAUGUCCUUGUACAAAUGUUUCAGACUGAGGAUGCUUCGGAAAUGCAUGUGAUAUCCCUCUCAUUAAAUCAGCUGCUAACACUAGAGCCCAAAGCCACACUUGCCGGUGUUUUCAACCAAAUGUUGACCGUCAACCCCGAGAAUCCUCGAGAGCAUGUAAUGAAGUUCCUGGUGGACCGGUUAAAGACUCUCCCCGAAGACAAAUUAUCUUCAGAAGUUGAAGAAUUUGUUGUCGAGCAAGUCAAUAAAGUCUUACACGACGUCUCGGAGGAGGAAUUUCCUCUUGUCGUAUCAAUUUUGUCUUCACUGAAAUGCAUGUCAACUUUGCCUGGACGUCAGAAGUUGGUGGCCAUGAUUACUGAGCAGGCUUUACAAGCCUGUCCGGAAUUCAGCCCGACUGACCCAGCGUGCGUGGCUCAAAUUCGAGAAAGUGUCAAGCAGGCAGCGCUCUGCAUUUCGAAAAACGUUCAUGCGCGUGAACUGUAUAUGUAUUUGCUACAAAAAGUUAUACCGAAGAUUGUCCACAUCCCAGACACUUUGGAAGAAGACAAGUUUUCGUUGUUGCGCUCUACUGCUGAAUUGGCUAGUCUCCACGAAUCGGAUCUUAGUGCUCUUACUGCUAGUGAACAGGAGCAAUGUCUUCAGUACGCCUUCGAUUCACUCGUCCACUACUUACCAGAGUUACCGAACGCAUCGGUCGAUGCUCAGCCAUCAGAUCCUCCUGUGGAGGGGAAAACGGUUCCCGAAAAGCCGGUAUUCCCUACAGGUCUCAAACUCUCCGAGCUUGAAUGUUUACUCUGUAUUUGCUGUCAGCUUGGCCGAGUUAGGCCACAAUAUUUUGGAGGUUAUUCAUCGGAGCAAGAGCGAGAGUCCGAAAAAGUUCAACUCGGAGCGGCUCGCUUGCGGCAGAUUCGACCUCGGUUGCAGUAUCUUAGUCAAGUAGCUCAGGAAUAUUCGCAAUCGAUUGCGGGACAUUUGGGACAAAAUGGGCAUACAGAUGAGAACAAAGCCAAACUUAUCGCGCACCGUCUGGUCACUAACAUCCCAAACUUGGUUCGAUUGUUCUUCCACAACCCGCCUGUGUUCCAAACAAACAUAACCUUUUCCUGGCUUAAAACCGACCCCGUUAUUUCACCCGGAUCGAAACGCCCCGCCGUUAUGGCCAACCUCCAAAGUACGGAGUCCCCGACCCGUUCAACAAUGUCCCGCCGAGAACAACCUCGUUACGCCCCACCUAUUGGCCGUUGGUCCCGCGGUAACCAACCACAAAACCGAGCAUCCGGUGAUUCCACUCGGAACUAUCGUGGUAGGGGACGAAAUUGGUAGUCCUGUUCAGUAGCGUACUGUGUUUUCUAUGAUCCAUAAGUAUGUGAACACUCGGUUAAUGUUUGAUAUAUACAUUCUCUUUCUCAC